GUGUGACACGGGGGACGCCUCCCUAGGAAUGGAUUCCUCCGAGAGUUGGGGGGAAUACAUACAAACAUCCACAGAAGAGGGCGCCUCAACCUCUUCUGCUGAUGCAGAACCCGUACCCCACGGGAAUAAUACCGUAUCAGAUUCGACGGAGGGGCCAGCUAGCCCCCGUCGCUUUCCAUACAAGCCUGAUGCGCUGAUCGGGGGCGAUUCCGUAUUGUCCAUCCAAAGUCGACUUUUGGCUUCAAGGCAAUUUCCUAGUGCCGAAGAAAUAAACUUCGCCCGUAUUCAGGCGGAAGACCUAUUCGAGGUCAAGGUUCAGAUCCUCCAUCGAAUGCAAGUUCUGUAUCCAGAGGGGGAUUGGUCGGGGCGGGGAGCCCGCGCUCUCGAUAGCCCGAAUAGCGCCACGGGCGAGUCCUCGUUAGAAAGGCUUUAUAAGCUUUUGGGCGAUCUCGAUCGGAACGGAAGAAGGGCGGAAGCUUUUUUUUCUUUAAGCGCAAAAGUAGCGCUUAGAAAGGAGAGUCUUGAUGCACAUUCCGCGACAUAGCAUGAUAUUGCUCUGAUGUUUUUACAAUUAUCUUUUUUGAAGCAGAUAGUUCACAGUGCUCAUUCUAUCGA